AUGUCGAAUCUUGAUCCCGCAGUCGAGGCUGCUAUUUGGGUCAAAGUCACCCUUUUCGAGGAUGGCCAACCGGCGGCGCUGAAAGGGAUGGAGGUGUUGUUGACGAGGAACCCGUGUUUACACCCGGGAGAUAUGCAAAAUUUUAGGGUGGUUGAAAGACCAGAGCUGGCGCAUCUGACGGAUUGCAUUGUCUUUUCUUCGGGGGGCAGAAGACCAGGGGCGGAUCUGAUGUCUGGGGGUGAUUUGGAUGGUGAUAGUUUCUUCGUCUGCUGGGAUAAAAGUGUGAUUCCCUCGACCAUGUCGGAACCCGCCAAGUAUCCAGGUGCCAGAGAAGCGAUCAGCUUCAAAGCCAUCACUGACGACGACCGGUUUGUUUAUUUUGCCAAGUACAACCACAUGUCUCUUGGGCGAGUCAAGAAGCUUUACUUCGCCUGGGCUCGUGCUCGGGGGCCCAUGGCACCAGAGUGUCAAGAGCUGAACCGGCUUUUCUCUCAGCACCCGACCCCCCCCGGGGAUGCGCCACCGUUUAUUCUUGAUGAUUUAAAUGAGGCCGCCAAGCAGAUCAUUCUCAAUGACACAGCUCAGAUUCAUCGCAAUGUUUUCGAUGGCUAUGACCAUGACGUUCUGGAGCUGCUCCUCAACCAAGAUGACGUCGCCAUGUCCGAGUUUGAGUUUAUUUGCAUGACUCAAACGUGGUGUCGCAGAAACGAUGCCCGUCUGGAAGACUUUCUGGACUACUUUGACUUUAAUGUCUUGACAGACCAUGAGAAGGCAUGGGUGUUGCAGAAAAUGCCACCCUCACAAGAAAUUCCCGCUUUAGUCAGAAACGCGGUGACCUACUCGAGUCUGAUUACGGAAGAUGCUGCUCGCGGUUUCCAACUCAAUCAUCACAGCAUCCACUGGAAGUGCAUUUACAACUCUUCAACAAGAGACCUCGACAAACGUUUGACCGUAUCCAUCUACGUUCCCCGCAAGAUUGAGACAUCCCAAGACUCCCUUGUCUAUGACACUGUGCGGUUAUAUGCCUUUCCACACACCCAGGGCACUGAACGGCAGAGCCGUAUGACCCUUCCCACCAAGAUGACAUAUCGUCUGUAUUGCGACGAGGGACAGUUUCAACUGUUUGAAGGCCAGCGUGGAAACACCUGGAUCUUCAUCAACCGCAGCCCCUCGGACGACAGUUCCUACAGGGCCGCAGAUAACAAAAGCGACAUGCGAAGACAACGCCAAGCGACCAUCGACUCCGGAACCAAUGUUGACUUCCAUGCCAGUAUCGCCCCCGACAAGUUCAGCAGGGGUCUGCAGCGACAUAUCGGCAGAAUGAACUGGAAUGCAGUGACGGCCGCCGAGGUCUACGUUAUCAGCAACAGAGACGUCAAGCCAAUGAGGAAUCUCGACUUGUGGUUUGAGCAUCACGACACGGAUACAACACUGCCGCUAUACACCAUUCCGACCUUGAAGGAUGUUGACUGGGGCUCUGAGCCGGACUUUACUGUGGCGAUUGCAAAGGAUGGAAAGCUGCCUUGGAUGAGGGAAUUGACGUCGCGGAAGCAGUUUGAGGAAUUGUUUUCCUGGUUGCUGGGCAGGGAUCAAAGUCCCAUUCUCUUCAAGUGCUUUGACUAUCUCUUGCUGGGCAUUAGUAGCAACGAACCUAGCCGCCUGACAAGAGUCUCGUCGGCGGAUAUUCUCCGCGUAAUGCUUGGUGUCCUGCGCCUGGCGCCAUCACUGACUAUUGCCUUUGGCAGAAUGCCGUCCAUCGAGGCUGUUGACGAGAAGACAGAAGAUCUGGUACACAUUUUGGAAGCAUACGCUCAAGACGCCCUCACCGGGUUCAUUCUUUCAGCCAACGAUGCCAUGGAACUCGUUGUCGCGCCCCUCAAGUCAUAUCUCUCACGUAUCAGAGUCUUAUCAAUGCACCAGUUCACCGAGCUUGUCAAACUUAUCUCAUUGAAGGUCAUAAUACCAGAAGUGGCAAUGGAUAUUCUACUCGAGUGUUUCGAGCCCGAAGCAUCGUGUCUCCUUCCCGGUCGGCCAGCUGCCGUCAACCACUUUGUCCAAAACUUGAUCGCUACAGCGCUAGAACACAUCGGAGAAGCAUCAGGAAGGUCAGAGCCAAGAAAAGACCUCCUCAAGUUACACCUCCUCGACAAAGACGAAGACGGCUACCAAGUCGUCGAGGUGAGCUUCCGCAUCGACUCAGACAAUUCCCGGCUCGACAACGCCGCCCACGUCCGUUUAACCGCUGCCUCAGCGCCCGCAAACUCCCUCCUCGAGAAACGUUACUCCACCGACGCCCUCGUCCUCCAAUCCGAGCCCGGCCUAGAUAACGUUCUCCGGCGGUACCUCUCCCUUAACCCCACCCACCCCCCCUUGCGGAUCUCGACCGAAAUCCGUAAAGUCUCCCCCGACAUCACGCCUUACACCCUCGACGCAAUGGCCGGAAUCGAACUCAACACCCUCCACUCUCGCGCCGAGACCACCAAAGCCAAAAGACGUGUGAAGACUGCCAAAAUCGUGUUUUCGACUUGUAUAGGCUCAAGUUUGGGACUAUUAAGGAAUGAAAUGUUUGAUAUUGUCAUCAUAGACGAAGCCUCCCAGCAGACAGAGGGGUGCGCCCUCGUGCCGUUCGUAAAGGGGUGUCAAAGGGCUGUUUUGGUGGGUGAUCACGUCCAACUAAGACCGUCGGUGAGGCCAGAGGUUGUGGCUCUGGGGGGUGAUUGUUCCCUUUUUGAGAGGCUGUUCACCUCUUCCAGAGGGGAGGGGUUAGGGAGGUUGAUGCUCGACACGCAAUACCGGAUGCACAGCUCGUUAUGUGACGUCCCUUCUACAGAGUUUUACGGAGAGAGGUUGGUUACCGGAUUGAGGGACAGUGAGAGGGGGUUGGAAAAGACGGGAUUUUCGUGGCCAAAGGGGGAUAAAAGGAGGGUGUGGGUUGAGUUUGCUGAUCGGGAGGAGGUGAAGGGGAAAAGUAAAGUAAAUAAAGGGCAGGCGGGGGUUUGUUUGGGGGUUUGUACGCUUUUGACUACUGCUGCUUAUGGGGAAAAGGGGGUCAGCCAAACUGUGGCGGUUUUAACACCGUAUGCGAAGCAAGUUGAUUUGCUGAAACGGGUGUUGGGUCAGGUUAUGGGGUCGGGGCUGGUGGAGGUGAGCAGUAUUGAUGCUUUUCAGGGGAGGGAGGCGGACGUGGUUGUUUUUGUGACGGUGAGGUGUAAUGAGAAGAGGGAGAUUGGGUUCUUGACGGAUAUGAGGAGGUUGAAUGUCGCGCUUACGAGGGCCAGGAGGGGAUUGUUUGUGAUUGGGAAUAGGGGGACGUUGACAAAUGGGGAAGAUGAGGAGAGUGCUGCUGUGUGGAAGGGGUUGGUGGGGGUGUUGGAAGUGGUGACACUGGAAUAG